AUGACCAUUGUGAGAAAACUGAAUUUAAUGAUACCUUUGAGUAUUUUUUUGCUUCAUAUAUUGCUGCUUUCUUUACAAGGUUAUAUUGGUGCAUCAUCCAUCCUGACGGGAAAAUGGAAAAAUGAGUUUAAUGAAAAUCGACAGAAAAGAGCUCUUUUAGCAGCACAGUUUGAAGCCACUUCUCCAAGGUAUUUUUUCCAUGAAGCUGUUAAUUGGGGUGAGAGUAAAAUAAAAGGUUCUUGUCCUCAUGAAUGCCUUAACGGAGCUUUCUGUUCUAAGACUGGUACAUGUGACUGUCAAAUAUUUCAGGCUCUCGGGACUAGGUGCCAGAUUGUCCCAAACAUGGGCAGUGGAAGAGAUGGGAUUUGCAAAACCUGGGGACAGUAUCAUUUUGAAACAUUUGAUGGCAUCUACUAUUACUUCCCAGGAAACUGUUCUUAUAUUUUUGCAAAGGACUGUGGUAACUUGGAGCCUCGAUACACAGUUUGGGUUCAUAAUAGUCCUCGGUGUCUGGGGUCAGUGUACUCUUGCUUUCGGUCCAUUAGCUUAUUCUUCUCAAACCAAGAGGAAAUUAAAAUUUAUGGCCAUGAAAUAAAAAGGGAUGGAAUCAGUUUAACGUUGCCUCAGACAAUUGGACAGGUUUUCAUUGAGAAACUAGCUGACUACAUUCUGGUAAAAACAACCUUUGGCUUUACUUUGGCUUGGGAUGGAAUAUCUGGAGUUUAUCUCAAACUGUCUGAAGAACAUAAAGGGAAAUCAUGUGGCCUGUGUGGAAACUACAAUGACAUUCAGUCUGAUGAUUUCAUCAUCCAGCAAGAGGACUACACAGAAGACAUUGCUAUGUUUGCAAAUAGUUGGUUGGUGCAAACUCCAGAUGACACCAAAUGUGUACCCACACCCUCAGAUUUUCCAAACCCAUGUUCCAGUGGAAUGCCAGCAUUUGAGGCAAUCUUCUUCAAGUGCCAGAUACUGUUGCAAUUCCCUUUCCUAAGCUGUCAUGAAUUUAUUGACCCAUACUUGUAUAUUGCCAGUUGUGUUAAUGACCUUUGCAAAACUGAUGACGAUGAAACCUACUGCAGAGCAGUGACUGAGUAUGCCAGAGCCUGUUCCCACGCUGGUUUCCCUAUUCAAGACUGGAGAGAUGACUUUUCGGCUUGCACUGAUAAAUGUGAUGACAGCUUCGUCCACCGAGACUGUAUCAGUUGUUGUCCACCUACCUGUACAUUUGAGAAGCAAUGUCUUGGGAGCAAUCUUCAUUGUCUUGACGGAUGUUACUGCCCAGAUGGGCUUAUAAUGGAAAAUGGAACUUGCAUCUCCUUGGAAAACUGCCCUUGUAGUUUUCAUGGAUUAGCUUAUUCGGUUGGCUCCAAAAUUGAACAAGAAUGUACUGAAUGUGUGUGUGUUGCUGGAGUUUGGAACUGCACUGAACAUGACUGUCCAGUUCAAUGCUCUGUUGUGGGUGAUUCACAUUUUACAACUUUUGAUGGCCGACAUUAUUCUUUUAUUGGCAUGUGUCAGUAUAUCCUUGUGAAAGGAACUGGACAAGAUAGAUUCACAAUUACUUUACAGAAAGCUCACUGUGAGCAGAACCUUGGCUUAGUCUGCCUUCAGUCUAUAACUCUAAUUCUAGAAGAUGAUUUUAACAAACAGGUGACCCUCAGUAGGGGAGGACAAAUCAUCACCAGUCCUAACCAAGGCUUCAAUCUGAAUGGAGUUGUUGAUAUUCAAACUCUGUCAUCCUUAUUUAUUCUUCUAAAAACCACAUUUGGUUUAAAAAUCUUGUUUGCAAUUGAUGGGGAAAGAAUUUACAUUCAGCUCACUAGUGCAUGGAAAAGAAGAACAUUAGGUCUGUGUGGCACUUUUAAUGGGAACAUAAGAGAUGAUUUUCUUUCUCCAUCAGGCAUGAUUGAAGGUACUCCGCAACUGCACGCCAAUGCAUGGAGAGUUUCCUCGACAUGCUUUGCACCGGUUCAUGUUCCAAUGGUGGACCCCUGUAACAUUAAUCAACAAAAUAUUGGGUAUGCAGCACACUGUGAUGUCAUCCACCAGGAGCUCUUUGCUCCUUGCCACAUCUACAUCAGCCCAGGGCUGUACUAUCAGCUGUGUCGCCAUGAUGCAUGCAAGUGUGGAAGCUCCUGUCUCUGCAAUGCUCUUGCCCACUAUGCCUACCUUUGUGGUCAGCGUGGUGUUCCCAUUGAUUUUCGAACUGAGAUUUCAUUCUGUGCUGUGGUGUGCCAGCAGGGCAUGCUGUACCAUCACUGUUCCUCAUUUUGCCUCCGGUCCUGCACCUCUCUCUCCUCCCCGGAGCAGUGCAACGAUGACUGUGCUGAAGGCUGCAACUGUCCUGAAGGAAAAUUCUAUGAAGACACGCUGAACUUCUGUGUGCCUAUAUAUCACUGCCGGUGUCAUUACAGGGGCAGCAUCUAUCAGCCUGGGGAGCUCAUCCCAACACCUUCAGGUUUAUGCCAGUGUUCCAAUGGGACUGUGAAAUGUGAUGAGCCAGCUACGCCCUCUGUUGCUCAUGCCUGUCCAGAAGGAAAGGAAUAUUUUGACUGCAGGUUUCCUGACCCUGCAUUGCCAGCUGGUGGCAUAAAUUGUGAGACUACAUGUGCAAACCUGGCUAUGAACUUCACUUGUGCCCCAUCCUCACCUUGUAUUAGUGGCUGUGUUUGUGCAGCAGGAAUGGCAGAGCACAAAGGGAAGUGCUAUGUUCCUGAAAGCUGCCCAUGCAUCUGGAAAGAUUGGGAAUACCUCUCUGGAGAAGUCAUUGCUACACCAUGUUACACUUGUGUUUGUCGUCGAGGAAUGUUCAACUGUACAUAUUACCCAUGUCCAGCAGUAUGUACAAUAUAUGGAGAUAGACAUUAUCAUUCUUUCGAUGGACUGGAAUAUGACUACAUCAGUGACUGUCAGGUGUUUUUGCUUAAGAGUACAGAUGAUUCAGAUAUAUCUGUGAUUUCCCAGAAUAAGAAGUGCUUUGACAAUGACAUUGUUUGUUCUAAAAGUGUUUUGAUUUCGGUUGGGGACACUGAAAUAUACCUGAAUGAUACUCCUUAUAAACAGAAACGAUCAGGUUUUUUUCUAGAAAAUAAACCAACCUACCAGCUUUGGAAGGCUGGGUACUACAUGGUGGUGUUCUUCCCCGAGGAAGACGUUACUGUUCUUUGGGAUCAGAAGACAACUGUCCAUAUCAAAGUGGGACCACAAUGGAAAAAUAAACUGUCAGGAUUGUGUGGAAACUUUGACAAAUGUACUUCAAAUGAUAUGACCACAUCUAAUAACUUGGAAGUACGAAAUGCUCAGGUAUUUGGAGAUAGUUGGGCAUUAGGACAGUGUGAAGAUCCAGUUGAAGCAAUGAAACCCUGUGAGGCUCAUCAAAACAAAUUUCCUUAUGCCAAGAGAGAAUGCUCCAUUUUGUACAGUGAUGUCUUUGCUCCUUGUCGUAAUGUGAUCGAUGUUACUUCUUUUGCCAAAAACUGCCAUGAAGAUACCUGCAAUUGUAAUCUUGGUGGGGACUGUGAAUGUUUGUGCACUAGUGUAGCAGCAUAUGCUUAUAAGUGUUGUCAGGAAGGGGUAUCAAUCCACUGGAGAUCACCCACUGUAUGUGCAAUUGAUUGUGAAUAUUACAAUGAAGGGCUUGGAGAAGGGCCAUAUAUGCUGGCAAAUUAUGGACAGAGUGGCCUUAUUCUGGGUGCCAACAUGACUAGUAGAAGGAUUUUCUCUUUGCCCAAAAGUAACCUUCAUAGCAAGUUUUUUUUUAAUUUUAUGAUUACUCCAGGCCUAUACAAAGAGAAGACAUCAUCUUUGGCACUUGUGUCCUUGGAAUCUGCUGAAAGGCCAAACUACUUUCUCUAUGUCCAUGACAAUGACACACUCAGUUUGGAACUGUGGAAGGCAAAUGCCGCCUUUCAACAGAAGGCCACAUUUUUCCACCAUCAGAGCCUCUGGAUCCCUGGCUACAGUGCAUUUGAAUUAUACAGCAAGAAAGGCUUUUUCAUCAUAGUCACAGACUCUACUGUCAAAGCAUCAAAAUAUGAUGACUCUGAAGAAUUCAAACAGUCAAGUAGCUUCAGCAUAGAAGAGAUCCAGGCUGCUGUGCCUUACAGGAGAGCAUGUGAAUGGCGAUAUGAACCUUGUGCUUCUCCCUGCUUUAAAACUUGCAGUGACCCUGAAGCAUUAGCAUGUAAAUUUCUUCCACCGGUUGAAGGAUGCUUGCCAUACUGCCCUAAAAAUAUGAUCCUCGAUGAGGUCACUCUCAAAUGUGUUUACCCAGAAGACUGCAUACCCAUAAUUCCUACAGAACCAGCAUUGAUGCCACCAGGUAAGCUGUCACGACCUAUGGUUUCAAGUCCAGAGAUGGUUAGUCCCUCUGAUAUCACCCCAACCACAGGUUUGGAAUGUGAGCCUCAGAAAUUCGAUCCUGUUUAUAACUGUAGCCAGUACAUAUGCCUUAACAUGGAAUGGACCUUUUACAAUUGGUCUCUGAACUGCCCCAUGGACUUGCAAAUGCCUGACUGCGGUUUCCGAGGGAGACCUGUUCAAGUCAACACUGAUCUCUGCUGCCCUGAAUGGGAAUGCCCUUGUCGCUGUUCCAUGCUGUCAGAGCUGAGUAUUAUCACCUUUGAUGGGAACAAUGCUGCCUUGUACAGCAUGGCUUCCUAUAUCUUAGUGAGAAUUCCUGGGGAAAGUAUAGUUGUUCACAUAGAAAAGUGCUCUAUGAACCAGAAUGGGAACUCAUUUAAAAAACUAGUUUCUUCUGGAAGAAGUUCUGGACUUUGUUUUAAAAAGUUAAAUGUGACAACAUCUAUACAUAAAAUACUUGUCAACAGAGUAGCAAGAAAGGUAGAAGUGGAUUCUAUUGCUGUGCCCUUGCCCUUUGCAAGUCGAGAAUUGUUCAUAGAAGAUUCUGGUACAAUGUAUGUGAUCAAUAUGCCAUCUGGCUUGGUUGUAAAGUGGGCACACCUUACAGGAAUCAUAGAUAUUCACUUUGGCUCCCAGUUUAACCUCUCAUCCUAUACCGAAGGACUUUGUGGAAUUUGCAAUGAUAAUCCAGAUGAUGAUCUCAAGAUGCAAAACGGUACAAUUAUCACAAAUAUGGAAGAUAUAGAAUUAUUUAUUGAGAGCUGGGAAAUCGAGAAGUCAUUUGAAGUAACAAUGAGAAGACCUGUUAGGAACUGUACAGAGUAUGAUUGCAGUCACUGCAUUGAAUUGUUAAAUAAAGGCAUUUUCCUUCCUUGCCAUGAUAAAGUUUCACCAAAGGAUUUUUGUGAAAAAAUGUGGAUCAAUUACACUUACUUCUGGAACUAUGAAUGUGAUGCUAUUUCUGCCUAUGUAGCUCUGUGCAACAAAUUUGACAUCUGUAUUGAGUGGAGAGCCCCCGAUUACUGCCCUUUGAGUUGCCCAGAGGGGAAGGAAUAUCAACCUUGUGUGUGGCCUUGUGAAGCAAGAACAUGUCUCAAUAAGUGGUUCUAUAGCUACUCAUCAUGUUUGGAUUUAAGAGAAGACUGUGUGUGCAAAAACGGGACCAUUCUUCACCGCCCAGAUAAAACUCAGUGCAUUCUAGAGAGAGAGUGUGUAUGCACAGAUAGGCAAGAUCAACCCCGAAGUGCUGGGGAGAUUUGGAAUGGGGGCAUUGAUGAAUGCGCUCUCUACAAGUGUUUGGAGAAUGGAAGCAUUGUUCCUGUGGAGCCUGACUGUCAGGAGGAGCCCACUCCCACUUGUGAACGAGAAGCUGAGGUUCUCAUGGGCAUCGUUGAUAAGCUGACCUGUUGUUCUAAAAAAGUUUGCGGUUGUGACAUGACUUUAUGUGAAACCACCAUCCCAGAAUGUAUGGCCAGUCAGAAACUGAGUGUUGGUUUUAGCCAUCUUUCCUGCUGCCCACAGUACAAAUGUGAAUGUGACCCAGUCAAAUGUCCCAGCAUUUCAACACCAGAGUGCCAUGAAGACCAGUUUAUACUUCAAGUUCAACAGGGAGAACCUUGCUGCUUUUACCCUUUCUGUGUGUGUGAGUUAUGCACUGAACCUGUUCCACAGUGUACUGAUGGGGAAUUUCUCACAGUGCAUCAUAAUACUACUCAUUUCUGUUGUCCUCAGUACUACUGCGUGUGUGAGCCAAACCUUUGUCCUACACCAUUACUUCAAUGUGCAGAAGAUAUGAAUCUUGUGAAGGAAAAUGUAUCUGGCCAGUGUUGUCCAAUAUGGCAUUGUGAAUGUAACUGUGAAAACCUCAUUAUGCCAACCUGUGAAGUGGGAGAGUUUGCCACAGUAGACCAUAACUUUCAGAGUGACUGUGGAUGUAUACAGUAUAUCUGUGAAAAAGAUGAUGUGUGUGUAUUUCAGCAAGUAUCAGUAUUGAACCCUGGGCAAUCUAUGAUAAAGUAUUUGGAAGGGGACUUUUGUUAUACAAUAGAGUGUCUGGAAGAAAAAGACAACCAGACAGGCUUUUACACAUUGAAUACCACAAUGGUGAACUGUUCAAAAGAGUGUGAUGUUAACCAGAUAUAUAUUCCCUCCCCAAGUGAUUAUGAUUGCUGUGGAGCCUGCAGAAAUGUUUCUUGCAAAUUUUACAUGGAAAAUGGGACAUCAGUUAUAUACAAGGAGGGGAGCAUGUGGAACUACAAUUGCACCACCUAUGAGUGUGUGAAAACAGAUGAAGGAGCAAUGAUACAAAACUAUAGUAUGGUCUGCCCCCCUUUUAAUGAGACUGAAUGUAAAAUGAAUGAAGGGAUUGUAAAGCUUUAUAAUGAAGGCUGUUGCAAGAUCUGCAAGAGAGAAGAAAGAAUAUGCCAGAAGGUGAUUAUUAAAUCAAUCAUUAGGAGACAAGACUGUGUGAGCCAAAGCUCUAUUAAUGUUGCCUCUUGUGAUGGGAAAUGCCCAUCAGCUACCAUAUAUAAUAUCAAUGUGGAAAGUCACUUACGAUUCUGCAAGUGUUGUCGUGAAAAUGGAAUACGAAACUUGACUGUGCCUUUGCAUUGCUCAGGAAAUGGCACCGAAAUUCUGUACACACUUCAAGAACCUAUUGACUGCACAUGCCAGUGGAACUAA